AUGGCUAUCACUUCAACCUUCACGAAGAAAGUCACCAUGACUCACAUUGGGACUGCUACCGCAAUCCUCGAAAUUGACGGGAUCACAUUCUUGACCGACCCGUUCUUCUCUCCGGCUGGGAGUUCCUGGCCACUUCCGCAGGGAGGCGAGCUAAAGGUCAGCGAUGAUCCCGCUCUAAAGUUGAACCAGCUCCCCCACAUCGACGCGGUGCUUCUUAGCCAUGAGAACCAUCCCGACAACCUGGAUGAACUUGGGCGUCAGCUUUUUGAUGGCCGCCGCGUCUUCACUACCCCGGACGGAGCCAAUAAUCUUGCCCCCCGUCCUAGUGUCAUCGGCCUCAAAGAUUGGGAAGAGACUCGGGUCAUAAUUAGUGGUAAGAUGUUCGAGAUCACGGCAACGCCCUGUGUACACGUCCCCGGGCACGAGUGUGUCGGGUUUAUCAUUCACGCCGAAGACUUCGGGGCCACAGACGGGCGGAAAAAUGCCAUUUAUUUCUCUGGCGACACGAUCUAUGUAGAAGAUCUCGCCAAAAUGACUGACAAGUUCCACAUCGCCGUUGCCAUCAUGAAUUUGGGCAAGGCUAUGAUGCCCGGGCUGCAGAUCACCAUGGAUGGAGAGCAGGCUGCUCACCUCUUCCGUGACAUUAAAGCCGAUGUGCUUGUACCUAUGCACUACGAAUCUUGGGGCCACUUUACCCAGAACGAAAAGGAAUUAUCAGAAGAUUUUCGAAAGGAGGGAAUCCUCGAUAACAUUCGCUGGCUGAAGCCCGGAUCGCCCACAUGCAUCAACUAG